UUUAGUGUUACGUAUGGGGUGAGUUACGCACAUUGCUAUGUAAAAAUUUUAACGGGCCUCUGCUUUCCUAAGUCACGUCUCAUGAACAUUUUGAUUGAUAAAAAUCACAUUAAAAUCUCACCAGAGGCCUAGUCACAAACGGCUAUAAAUUGAGUAGCUCACCAACGUUAUUUGUGACUCCUUGUGGACCACUUACUGCUGCAAUUAUGAAGGCUGUUCUGGCGUUGUUUGGGAUUGCGCUCAUUUCCGGUCUGGUGAAAUGUGAUUAUCAAGAUGGUAUUAAAGACACGGUAUUUCGUCGAGCGCAUGCGGACUCUGAGGAGGCAUGGAAUCGAAAGGAAAUAGAGUUCCAGCUAACUAUCAUGUUGGGCAAGUGCGACACUGGUGCAAUCUUGAUCGGGCUCAUGGUUGACAGACUGGGACGAAUGGCUGUUGCCGCUGCACUCAAGGAAAGAGAUUUUGACUUCUUGAUCAAUCGUUGCGAAACCGUGCACAAAGCUAUUGAAAUUAUAUCGGAGGCCUCAAGUGAUUAUCUGAGGGAGCUUGGUUUCAAUAAAAGAAAACUUGAAUGCCUCAGUCUACAGGCAGAGGGAGAGUUAUUUGAGCUUGCCACCAUGAUCAUGGGUACACACCCAUCCGAAUACUCUUUCCCCCAAAAAUUCGAGGACCAGUUUGCCGACUGUGAAAGCGAGUUAGAAAGCCGAAAAUAGGCUGUCCACCGAAACUCCUUCUCCUCCCAAGGUGAUGAACAUCUGAACCGUUGAAAACUUUUUUCUUUUAUAAUAACCAUUGAAAUACGUAUUCAAUCGUUGGACAUUUUAAAUAAAACUUGCUUUAUAUUUUUGGUAAACAAUUUUCACGCACAUCUUGUGAAUACUUUAGAAAAAUUAAACUUCUUUCCCACAGA